GGCGAAUGGGCGAGGACAUGAUGAUGUCGUGCCUCUACAUGCAGCAAUUGAUGCUCGUGGCUUAUGUAAGGACUAGUGGGGCACGGGGACUGGCGGCGGGAGGAACAAGGUUUUCCCGAACGCGGCGCAGGCCUCGAAUCGCAUCGCUUCAUCGCAUCCCCAGCGCAGCGCAACCUCUUCUCCCUCCGUCCACCUCCACCCUCUCUCGCACCGCCUCUUCGCCCUCCUACGCAACUCCCUUCCUGCGUCUCCCGGCCCCGCCACCCCCUCUGCGCUGCCAUGGCCGUCCCUCCCGACUGACCCCACGAGUGUCGCAAGCCGCCUCCCGCCGCCCGUCGCAGCCAUGCGUCGUCCCACUCCCCUCCUACCCAAGCGCCAGCUCUGGGGCACGCCGACCACCUCCUCCACCACCUUCCUCCAACACUGCACCCCCUUCUCCCUCCCCUCCAACGGCGUCAUCGCCUUCGCCGGCACCGCCAUCACCCUCACCACCGAUGCCAUCUUCAACCCCGAGUGCACCGGCGUCGCCAUUGCCGACAUUGCCUCCAUCGCCAGCGGCGAGCCCUUCUACGCCUCCACCAUCCCGCAGACCUAUGUCAUCGCCGCUGCCACCGUCAUUGCGUGGAUCUUGGUCGUCAUGCUGCUCAUCACCCCGCGCACCAACUUCCUCGGCCAGUCCGGCACCGCCCCCGGCUUCAGCAGUGGCCAUGGCAUCAUCGGCGGCUCGACCGGCGCCAACACCGACCUCAUUGGCAUCGGCUCCCGCCCCUGGCUGCAAAAGGUCGCCGCCUUCACCUGCGCCAUCUCCCUGACCAUCGCCACCGCAGACACGUUCAAGUUCGCGAGCCGCCAAUAUGCCGUCGGCUACAUCGAUGCCCUUGUCCUUCGCGACGAGGUGCUCGGCUCCCUGGAAAUCCGCAUCAUGCGCGUCAUCACCGACGUCUUCAUCUGGCUUGCCCAAGUGCAGACGCUGAUUCGUCUCUUUCCGCGACACAAGGAGAAGGUGCUCAUCAAGUGGAUCGGCUUCGCCCUCAUCCUCUUCGAUUCCGUCUUCUCCUGUCUCAACGCCUUCGUCGUCAAGCCGCAGCAUACCCCGCGCCAGUUCUACGACGCCAUCCCCGCCCUCUCCUAUCUCUUCGAGCUGGCCGUGGGCCUGCUCUACGCCGCCUGGGUCAUUUACUACUCCAUGACCAAACGCCGCUACGCCUUCUACCAUUCCAAGAUGCCCAGCAUUGGUCUCGUCGCCUUGCUCUCCCUCACCUCCAUCCUCACCCCCGUCGUCUUCUUCGUCACCGAUGUUUCCAAUUCCGAUGUGGCCUCCUGGGGUGACUACUUUCGCUGGGUCGGUGCGGCCGCUGCGAGCGUGGUGGUGUGGGAGUGGGUGGAACGUAUCGAGGCACUGGAAAGAGAUGAAAAGAAGGAUGGCAUUCUCGGGCGCGAGAUUUUCGACGGCGAUGAGAUGCUGGACAUUACGCCGAGCGACGAAGUCGUUUGGGUGAGUUCCCGUCGUGCACGCAGCGCACUCUUCCGCCGUGACGACGAUCGGGAUGAGGACGGCGGCGGAACUCAGUCCAGUGCACUGGAGAAGGGACUGACCAGCGUUGCCCAGCGCUUUCGUAUUCGAACAAAGGCAUCGUCGUCCCCGGACACAGUACCUUCGGGUCAGGAGGGAACGACUCAGGUGUCGACGAGUACUAUGGCCGAAGUUGCACAUCCCACCAAUCCCUCCCCGAGUAUCAAGUUUGGCGCUUUACCCCGGCCACAAGAGCUAGCCGAAGCCCGUGAGCCAUCGGACAUCACUCCGCCAUCUCGGGUGAUCAGCCCGAUUAGCAGGGCAGACACGACGAGCGCUGCAAGUACAGUCUACGUCGUGCAGUACAAUCCGGCGGCCGACGUGCCGCAGCCGGUGAGGAGACGAGUAGAUCCAAACGGCAACACCGAACAAGAACGCGCGCAGGCGCAAGCUCGAGCUCAGCAACGGCGGGCGGGAAACACCGCCGAUCCAGAAAAAGAAGGGCCUGUGGUAUCGGAGGUGGAAGAGCCGUCUCACCACAGGAGACGGACCAGCGGCAGCUGGCUGGCUGUUUCGAAUCCAUUCAAGCGGAAACGCGCAUCGCCUCCCGCCGAGGUUCAACAGGCGCGCAAAGAAGUCACUGGACGGUCUACAACUACGGCGACCUCGACUCCGAAAUCCUCGUCGUGGAACAUGAAGAAUCGCAUGGGAGUGUCGGCCGUAGGGCUGGGCCAAAACGCACGCGAGAAGAAAGCAGGCCGUGGACAGAGCGAAGAACUGCCGGUAACCAUCAUUCCUGCACAACCACGUGACAGUGUGAGGACUUGGAGGCCCCCCGACUCGAGCAGACUCGAUGCAGCUGCCGUCCCGGAGAACACGGCCAGCAACUUGGCCGUGAGUGGAGAGAUGUCCCCACGCCUCUCCAGCACCACCUCUGAGAGAGCUUCGCCCGCGCAGACCCGUUCACCCACUCCCCGGCGAAGUUCCGUUGAGGAUAACGAUUGAUGUUAUAUGAACAAUAGACAUGGUACAUUCAAGUCGAUUUUAGUGUAAAUACGAAAAAUCUAGCACGACCCGCGCCAGGCGAUGGUCUUUUCAAGGCA